UUUGUCCUACUGACAUUCUGCGGCUGGGUAUUGUGGUCAGCGAUCGCGAAAAAUACAAGACCAGCUGUUCGCUGAUUUGAGGUCAAAUGGCAGUCGAAGGCAGGUCGUGAAUAUAAAAGGACGGUAAUAAAAGGACCAAGCGCAUUUCGAAAGCAGCUUGCGAACUGUGCAAGACUAGUGUUUUUGUAGACAGCGGUAGGAUCUGGUUGAUCUGAGGAAGAUUUCGUCUGAAGAAAGGCACCCCUAAAGAUCCUAAAGAUAUCACAGAAGAUCCAGAGUGUCAUCUUUGACGGUGGUCAAGUAUUAGACGGUUUCGUAUUUGAAAACAGUCUGAGCUAAAAUGCCAGGUGGUAGAAACAUUAUUUGCCUUCUUUUGGCGGUCGUUCUUUGGACUCAAUCCAGUCAGGGGCAGAACGGAACGGAAUCUGAAGAACUAAACCAAUGCGGGCAAUCCAACCCAAGUGGGGUGCGAAAAAGAGUUGUGAGUGGACACGACGCUCUACCUGGGGCGUGGCCAUGGCAGGCGCUUUUGCUCUAUGGAUACCGACGGACGUUCCUUUGCUCUGGGGCACUUAUACACCCCUCGUGGGUACUCACGGCUGCUCAUUGCAUCAGAAAUAGGUCGCCAGGAAGGUACAAAAUUCGAUUGGGAGAUUUUGACCGACUGAGACACGAAGGUCGGGAACAAACAUUUGACGUGGAAAAGAUCGUCUCGCACCCAGAACAUGAUCAACCUGUCAGCAGAAACAACGACUUGGCUUUGGUGAAGCUGAAAAGACCAGCAAGACUGAACAAAUGGGUUGGAUCUGUGUGCCUACCAUCAAAAGCCGAUUACUUGCAUAAAGAUCUACAUUGUUACGCUACAGGUUGGGGCAUGACCAUGCGAGGUCGCUCAUACUCAAGAAGGUUGCAACAGGCGCAUAUCCCCCUCGUGACCAAAGCAAAAUGUCGAAAACGUGCAAGCAGUCUGAACGGAAGAUACUGGUACCCAUUUUACCAACAGAUCACCCACCAGAUGCUGUGUGGUGGGGAUGAUACAACUGGGGCGAGCACCUGCAUGGGGGACAGUGGGGGACCCUACGUCUGCAGGAACCCUCAGGGAUACUGGGUGUUGCAGGGGAUCACAAGUUGGGGAUCGAAGUCGUGCCGCGUCAGAGACCGAUACAGCGUUUUUACGAAGGUACACUUGUAUACAACUUGGAUUGAAAAGGUUAUGAAUGGUACGGCCGGUAACGAUAACACCACGACACAGACAACAAGCGGUCCGUACAUAUCCAUGCAACAAUUGUUACGAAGUCUUCUCCGACUUGCAAGAUUAGGGUGAAGCGACCGUCGGACCAUGGUUGAUAUUAAUAGAUGGCUAAAUACUGAACUGGCCUUAGCUUCGAUUCAACAUAUUUCAACAUGAUAAAUAACUUGACACAAUUUUAAUUCAACUGAUAGAGUUUCUCAAAUAUUGUUUAUACUUUUUGAUUAAUAAUUUAUACUAAAUUUG